AAAAAAUUUCAUCAAAAAAAUUCCACCUUCCCGAUUCCCAAACGGGCUCGGUCGGCCGGACGGAGUAUCCUGUCAGACUUGCUGGCACUAUAGCUCUUGGCCUACAAUCCAGGAGACGAACGACAAAAAGAAAAUCCAUAGAAGUUAAACACUCCCACAGAAACGUCGGAGAAUAUUUCCAUAUCUUGAAACCCUAAUCCUAUAUCCCUGACGUUUAAUUGAUUAAGGUUUGAUAUAGGGUUAGGGGAUCGGCUUUCAUCAUUCAUCCGGCCACAAAGUGCAGCAAUGACCAUGAAAUUCGCUCGGAGCUGCAUCCAGUCGAUGCUGAAGCUCGUCAACUUUCUGUUAGGGGUUGUUGGGAUCGCCAUGAUCAUGUACGCCAUUUGGAUGUUCAGAGUUUGGCAAAAGCACAUGUCCGGCCCUUCUCCUCUCCCGUAUUUCGGGCCCAAUAGCUCCCCUAUCCCUUGGUUCAUAUAUACUAUUCUUGGUCUUGGCAUCACUGUGUGUUUCAUCUCCUGCUCAGGUCAUAUUGCUGCAGAAACUGUGAAUGGCUGCUGUCUGUAUAUCUACAUGGUGUUUGUCUUUCUACUUUUUGCGUUCGAAGCUGCUGUCACUGUAGAUGUUUUCUUAAACAAA